CAGCGAUUUGGAAAAUGUCUGAGUUCUUACACGUCCCAGUAAGAACCGUCUCUAGCUCGCUGUUCGGCACUGCCUCAGAGGUGGUGUAUGCGAGAUUCAAGAAAAUUAAGAGGAGGGAUCCAGAGUGCCAGGCUUACAUCAGGAAGGUUGUGAAGAGUCCCUUCUUCCAGAUCCUGAUGAUCAGCACCGUGGCCACCAAUGCCUUUUUCAUGGUCCUGGGGACUGACUAUCACAUAAGGUACAGAUUGUUCAGACUCUUUGAGGUAUCGGAGAUCUUCUUUGUCUCCAUCUACGCCUGUGAAUUCCUGAUGAAGGUCUACGUGGAGCCCAUUAAAUUCUGGAGGGAUGGCUACAACCUGCUGGACGUGGUCAUUAUCAUCAUUGUCUCAAUACCCUACGCCCUCCGAAAGAUCAAGGGGAACCGCUACAAAAACCUCCACAUUGCUGAUGGCAUCCAGUCUCUGCGCAUCCUCAAGGUUAUCCCUUACAGCAGAGGCAUCAGGACUCUCAUCACGGCUGUGGGGCAGACAGUCUACACCGUGGCCUCUGUGCUGACGCUGCUCUUCGUCCUCAUGUACAUCUUCGCGAUCCUGGGAUUCUGCCUGUUCGGAGUUCGGGAGAAUGGAGAUCUGAAUAACUGGGGGAACCUGGCCGCAGCGUUCUUCACCCUCUUCAGUUUGGCCACGGUUGAUGGCUGGACAAACCUGCAGGAAGAGCUGGACAAACGGAAGUUUUCUGUGAGCCGGACGUUUACCAUCAUCUUCAUCUUGCUUGCUUCCUUCAUCUUCCUCAACAUGUUUGUGGGUGUGAUGAUCAUGCACACGGAGGACUCCAUCAAAAAGUUCCAGCGGGAGCUGAUGGUGGAAAGGCACCUGACGCUUAUGGAGGAGAAGCAGAUGAUCCUGAAGCGCCAGCAGGAGGAUGUCAACAGGCUGAUGAACACGCAGAAGAGCGGUGGCAAGAGCUUCAUCGAGCUGGUGGAGGACUUCAAGAAGACCCUGCAGCACACAGACCCCAUGGUCCUGGAUGACUUCGGCACUAGCCUCCCCUUUAUUGAUGUGUACCUGACCACUCUGGACAACCAGGACACCAUUAUCAGCAAGCUUCAGGAGCUGUACUAUGAGAUUGUGAACGUGCUGAGCCUGAUGCUUGAAGACCUGCCGCAGCAGAAGGCUUCCAGGAGCUCAGAGAUGAUGAUCUAGAGGUCGCUGGGAGGUGGGCCAUGGCGGUUCCAUUAAACACGAGCCUUCAGGGGCACCUUCGCAAACUUGCUGUGUGGAUGCUGGGAUGUCCCUACCUGUGGGAGGUAGGCCUGGAUAAGGGCUCAUGAAAGCGGAUUUUCCACCCAGCAGACCUAGGGAGUGAGAAGAGGCAGGUUCAAGACUUGCCCUGGAUAAUGAGGACAUCCUGUAGCCUCCCUGGACCCAACAGCAAGGGUUCAAUGAGCACCUGGGGAAGCUUCCUGAGGCCCACAAACCAGCAACAGCCAGCAGCUCUGUCAGUCAAGGUUCAGGUGAUGAUACCUGAAGGCUGGCCCAUUCAGGUGCCAGGCUGACAGAGACCCGCUGCUAUAGUGUCUUUUCUUUGGAUGUCCACGUUGCUACCCCUGACAUUCACGCCAAGGCACGUGGUGUGACCAGAAAGGAUUCCGUCCUGGAGUUCUGCCUAGGGGAGCCUCCUACUGGCCGUGUUACAUCAUCUCCUUUUGAAGUCUACCUCCGACCUCUCCCCUCCUGUUAGCUAAGACUCUGUAUUAAGAUGGUGGCAUUUUUUUUGUAUGCGUCGCUACUGGCUAAAUGUCCCUUGGAGGCACAAUCUCAAGAGAGCCAUCUGAAAAAUCCCAGGUCAGCAGGACCUCUCACUCCAGGCUGGCCAGCCCAGUGGCCACUUUCUUCACAUUGCUGCCGUCUAUUCCUGACCUUUGUCACACAGCCUAGGCUGUGUCACCUUAAACAGAGAAAAGCUGUGGAGGGAGACUGGUACCCACAGCUGGGUACAAAAGGCCCCAACCAUGAGCUGAGCUGAGGCCAGGCCAGAAAGAAAUGGGGGGGGGGGGUAGAUGGUAGAGAAAAAGGGUCCUAUGGUUAGCAGUGGCUUGAGUUGUGGUACCCUGAAUCCAGGGACAAGGACAGGAGAGGAAAGCUUUUGUCACAGUUUCAUUUGUGUGUGGACCAGUGCUCAGUGAGCUGUGUGCUGGGGGUUUUGUGAUGGAUGCUCAGAGCCCUCUCUGUAGUUCCACACAGCA